CAGAGAGCGAGGAAGAGGAUGACAAUGAAAUGGAUGUUGAAGAUCAAGAUAGUAAAGAAGCUGAAAAGCCAAACAUCAUUAAUUUUGAUACCAGUUUGCCAACAUCGCAUGUGUAUUUAGGUUCUGAUAUGGAAGAAUUUCAUGGAAGAACAGUUCAUGACGAUGACAGCUGUCAGGUGAUUCCAGUGUUGCCCCACGUGAUGGUGAUGUUGAUUCCUGGACAGACGUUACCUCUUCAGCUUUUUCACCCUCAAGAGGUUAGCAUGGUGCGGAAUUUAAUUCAGAAAGACAGAACGUUUGCAGUUCUUGCAUACAGUAACGUACGUGAAAGGGAAGCACAUUUUGGAACAACAGCAGAAAUAUAUGCCUACAGAGAAGAGCAGGAGUAUGGAAUUGAAACAGUCAAAGUGAAAGCAAUAGGAAGACAGAGGUUCAAGGUGCUUGAAAUAAGAACCCAGUCAGAUGGAAUCCAGCAGGCUAAAGUACAAAUCCUUCCUGAGCGAGUGCUGCCUUCAACAAUGUCAGCAGUACAGCUGCAGUCUCUCAGCCGAUGCCAUAUAUUUCCAUCUUCGAAACCUACAGCAUGGCAAGACCAAGCUAUACAUCAAUGGUGGCAGAAAUAUCAAAAGAGGAAGUUUCACUGUGCAAGUUUGACAUCUUGGCCUCCCUGGCUCUACUCUCUAUAUGAUGCUGAAACCUUGAUGGAAAGAGUCAAGAGGCAGCUACAUGAAUGGGAUGAAAAUCUUAAAGAUGAAUCUCUUCCAACAAACCCAAUAGAUUUUUCUUACAGAGUUGCUGCUUGCCUGCCAAUUGAUGAUGCAUUACGUAUACAGUUGCUUAAAAUAGGUAGUGCUGUUCAGAGGCUGCGGUGUGAAUUAGAUAUUAUGAACAAAUGUACAUCUCUCUGUUGUAAGCAAUGCCAAGAUACAGAAAUAACUACGAAGAAUGAAAUAUUCAGUUUAUCCUUAUGUGGACCCAUGGCAGCAUAUGUGAAUCCUCAUGGGUACAUCCAUGAAACCCUUACUGUAUAUAAAGCCUGCAACUUGAAUCUCAGUGGACGACCAUCGACGGAGCACAGCUGGUUUCCUGGGUAUGCCUGGACUAUAGCCCAGUGCAGAAUCUGUGGGAACCAUAUGGGAUGGAAGUUCACAGCUACCAAAAAGGAUAUGUCACCUCAGAAAUUCUGGGGAUUGACACGGUCUGCUCUCCUGCCGCGGAUUCCAGAAACAGAGGACGGUUCAGGCCAGGAUAGAUCGCCGUUGCUCUGCCUGUAAUCGGGUAACCUGCUGUGGAGAUGAACAGGCAGUAGUCUGUCUCUUAAAUGCGUACACUCAGUUCUGCUUCUGAUGCUUACUUAAACUUUAAAAAAACCCAAGAACCCGCACCCACACACUAAAACCCACCAAACAAGCAGGCUCGCUACAUUUGGGUUUGGUGUACAUCCACAUUACUGUUGAGGCACAUGGAGAACUGAAGGCUGAAUCUUUAAAAUGACAGCUGAGGAGAGGAGGUGGCAUGAGACACCAAGAGAUUGAUCUGAUCCAUCUGGACAGACUUGAGACUGAACUUUCUCCUUCCUUGCAUAACUUCAGAACAUGUUUACUGCUAUCAACUUGCAGUGAAAGAAGGUGGGGGGAAACUAAAAUUACAAAUAAGCAGAGUAUAAUUUAUGCAAUAUAUGUAUGAUGGUAGAUAUGUUACUUGCUGCAGAGUAUUUUCCAUAAUACACUUAAAAAGUGUUUUUGCUGAGGACCCCUCUUUCUAACUAUGUGGAAUACUUCAAACUUUACACUCGUGCUGUUUCUUAGAUAUUUGCUAAAUAACCACCGAAGAGUGUACAAGACUGAAGUCUUUUCUGACUGCUCCUGUGUUGGUAAUGUCAGUGGCAGUGCUGUAGCUGGCAGAAGUGUUCCUGCUGCCUGCAGCUGGAGCAGCUGCAUUACAGGAUGCCCUUUGAAGGAACCCAGGGCAAGUAUUUGGUCCUUACAAGUUGUCUGAUCUAUUUAGUCUGUUCGACUUCAGAAGUGUUAAAAUAUUUAUUCAAAAUAUGCAGGUCAGUCCCAGAUCUUAAAACUACAUUGUCAUUUACUGUUGAACGUGCUUACAUGUGCUUUUCAAAAUUAUUUCUGUGAAGAUCAGUUUAUGAGCAAACACGUGCAGGGUUGUAUGAAGUACGCUGUAAAAUACAUAACUGACAGUUGUUCAGUAGUAUUUACUUUGACAAGGGGGAGGCAACAUCUUUUUUUUUCCCUUUUACACUUUCUUAUCAUAAUGUGAAGUUUUACAUUAUCACCCCCUUACCUUACAAACAGCAAAAGUUUCUAAAUAAAAGAUAAAAAGGGCAGUGCUUUUUUUUUCUUUUCUCUGAAGUGCUGUCUAUGCUACAGAAAUUGGGUGCCAAAAUGAGGCACUCUUUGCCACUGAUUUAUUGUGCUUUUUUUCCCUCAGAAUGCACUUUGAUAAAAACUGAAGAUUUCUUCAGUGUGUGUGUGUGUGUGUGUGUGUGUGUGUACCUACACACUUGUUUUUCUUUUGAAGCUUUAUCAUUCACUCUUUAUUUCUUCAAGUAAAUCUUUAAGAACUUGUAUUGUCAAAUACACAAACCACAAAACUCCUUAAGAUUUAAGACAUCAGCCACUGCUUGCUUGUUCUCAAUCAUGCUGCUACACCAAAGGUAUGUAGCAUGGACAGAUCACUCCCACAAAAGGCCGAGUCAGCUGCUCUCCACGAAACAAGUGGCUGAUUUAAAAGGGAGCGUGGUACCUGCUAUGGUGCAGCUGAAAGAAUACCCAGAUGUGAAGAGAUGCCGGGUGCUGAAAGGCUGUUAGGGUAGUUUAUCAUGUUAGGUGUGUAGAAACUAAUGAUUGUGUAACUCAGGUUUAGUUCUUUGGAGCCUUCUACCUCUGUGCUUCUGUGAUAAGUUUUGUUCUCUCCGUAGACAUCUUUAAUGCUGUGUUGUUUAAUUUUGUGUGCAGUGCUCUGACUUGCCAGUGAACUGUGAAAAGCAAUACUACUUUGAAUAUAAUUCUGAACAAAUAGAGGGUGAAUGAUGGCUCAUUUUCUUCAAGAAAACAUUUUGUAUUUUGAUUAUGUUUCUGUAAUAAGCUUUCAAAAGGCUGAAAUGAUAAGCACUAGUGUGAGAGUGAGACUGUGAAACCUCUGUACUUGGAUAACCACUGAAUCAUACUUGGCUUUCCCCUCCCGCCCUGCACACGCACCCACACACCAACUCACAACACACAUGUGCAUGCACACACACAUGGCUUAGCUGUAGGCUUGGCUUAUUUUUUCCCUCAAAGAUAACUAGUAUCUCUUGUUUCUGUUACCCUCAGUAGGACUCCUUAGUGGCAAGAAGUAUGAGGGUGCUUUAAAGUACCUUCUGCUGCCUUUCAGUGGAAGUAUUCACUGAGGGUAUUGAUUAGCGAGGCUUUGAAAAUGUUUGUUUUCUCAGCUGUCACUGAACUUCAUUAAGGUCUUUGGCCGAGUCUUUUGGACUGCCUCAAAUUAAAAUGGCAUUAUGCUGGCAAUGUUUGAAUAUAAAUUAGGCAGAUUUUUGGUAUUGUGUAUAUAUAGUCAAAUGUAAACUAAUAUAAUCAAGUGAGAUAAGUCAGGAGUAAAUUUAGCACUAAUUUAAUUUUAUUGUUGAUGAUGUCCCAUCUGCUUAACCUUCUGUGUGAUGUUUGCUAUUUCAAAGUCUGUGACACUUUCCAGGUUGAGAACAAUUGUGAUUGCAGUUGCAGAUGAUGAAUCCUGCCGCGGUGAAGCUGGCCAUCACAGUGCUACAUGUGUGCGUGCUUAAAAUGUACAGGACAGGUGGGGCGUCGUGAAUGGUUCUGCACAUUGGUUGAAGUUUUCUGCGUGUCUUUUCUCCUUUUUGGAGAGAAAACUACUGGACUGGGAUUGUGGAAAAUGAUUGCUGACAAAUAUGGUCAUCAUAAGCUUUUGAGAGCUAAAUCACAUUUUACAAGAAUUUCCUGGUUUUACUGCAUUCAUUGGUUGGUAUGUAGUUUCAUGUAUGUAUUAAUCCAAUUGAUCUGCUGGCUGCUGCCAGAAGGGGUUAUUUUUUUUCUCUUUUCUCCCACCAUAAUCUCUGCCUUUCUGACAUGAGAGUUGGGAUUGAUGUCCUGGCUCCUGGUGGAGGAAGGAGGGACAAACAGGCAUCUUGUGGGGACAGAGGAGGGACUGCCCUGCUCAGCAGCAGGUCCUGGCUGCAUUGGAGUACAUGUAGCAUAGAAGUGCUCAUUUUCAAGCCGUCAUUAACAAUAGCAUAAAGACGUCAUACAAUCGGAGCCUGUAAUAUUGCAAAUUUUCGUAUAUUUUAGUUUAGUUUUGAUGAAUAGGUAGAAUCACAUAGGACACUUGCACACUGGGUUUAAAAGAUGUUCAAAUACUCUACCAUUUGUUUUUUAAUAAUGCUAUUUUUGUAUGUGCUACAAAUCAUUUUGUUUCUCAUUGUUUUUUCACCUUUGUUUAAUUGCUUUGUAAAAGCCGUGAAAAGGGUAGCACGUUCUCUGCUUUAACUCUUCCUUUGUCUGCCUUUUGAGACAAAAUUUUCAGAAAAAUCUUGUUGCUCGCAAACAUUUGCAAAGAAUAAAAUUCAG